AUGGAGAUGGAAUCCAUCGCGUCUUCCGGGGGACCACCUGCCUUGCCUAGCAGUGAUUAUUAUCAUGAUGAUGAGUCACUGUCAGACUCAGAUCUGGAGCCUGCCUCAGAUCCUGACCCUCUUGACGUGGCUGGAGACUCUUCUUUGACAUAUCAGAAAUACAUCACCAGUGGCACCAUCAUGAGAGCCCAAGACUUGUGUGAAGUCUUUUCACCUCCCAGAGUGACCUUGACUGCACGCAGGGCAGGGCUCACAGCGGACUUUGCGUUCGACAUCACCUACAAUGGCUGGGACGCAUUGAACCCUCGGAUGCGGACCGAACUUUUCCAUCUCAUUCGUGCCAUGGACCCGAAAGUGCUCAUUUUAUCUCCGCCUUGUACCAUGUUCUCGCCAUUGACAAGGAUGUGGAACGUUGACAAGUGGACACCUGAGGAGUACGAAUCACGUAUGGCUGAUGCUGAGGCUAUGUUUGAUUGCUCCCUCGACCUGUGUGAGGACCAGCAUGCUCGUGGCCGGGGAUGUGUGUUAGAACAUCCCACUCCCGCCUCCUCGUGGAAACGGGACAAAGCCAGGCGAGUCAUGGCCAUUCCUGGCUUCCGACGCACCAACUUUGACCAGUGCGCCACUGGCUUGGUGUCACCCAGCAAUGAGCCAAUGAAGAAACGAACAAGUCUUUUGUCAAACAUGGUUUCAAUUCAUGGUCUGUUUUCCCAACGUCAAUGCACCUGCGCAGUGCCCCAUCGCACAAUUCAGGGGUCAGAUCAGGGGCAACGUUUGUCAACGUUUGCACAACAUUACCCUGAAACCAUGUGCAAUGUUUUGGUGCAGGCAGUACAAAUGACUAUUUAG